CCACCCCGCCCCGCCCCGCCCCGCCACAUUCGCGGUUAUGGGUGAGGGCCGUGGGGCGUUCAGUCGGCCCGGCGAAGGUCCUGCCCCUGCCCCGCUCGCCGAGGGGCCGUACGACAUGGAUUCUCCCUCAGCACCGACCAUCAUCGCCAGCUCGUGUGGUUGACCUGAGAGUCUUUCACCGCACCGCCAACGUUUUCACCCCUUCAGCGUCUUCUGCUGAACCUGCGUCUCGGAUCGGAUACGUAAACAAGAUUGAUAAGCAGCUGCCCCAUUACAUCGGCUCGGUCUGUGUGAGCGCGCUUUGGAGCGGGCGCACGAUGAGUAACUCUCUCGACGAUUAUUGACGCAUUCGACCGAAGAGCUAUCGAACUCGGUGACCGGUGACUCAAACCGCCCACACAGAAGCCAUGGGUCCGAGCCUCACGGGGACGGGGUGCCUCGGGCUGAGCCUGAGCGCCACGGUCAUCACGGCUGGGGUCAUCACGCUGCUCGAGUCGGCGGCCUGGAUGGGCCUCUCCCUCGCGGCGUACCUGACCUACGAGUGCUCGUAUUCAAUGCCCGGGGACCUCAGCCUGAACCUCCGCAUGGCCUACGUCAUGUACUUCCUCAACCCAGUGUGUUGGGGGGACAACCUCGACGGGCUCACGCCGCCCGGUCAGAGCAAGGCCCUGGAGGUGACGGGGGACGGGGUGGUGAGCACGGCGUACCGCACCUCCCUGUUCUCCAUCGGCUACGCGGUCCUGAGCGCCAUGUGGCUCUGCACGUCGCUCCUGCUGUUGGUGGCCGUGACCCGCAGCGCACCGGGUCGCAGGGCGGCGCACCUCUGCGCACCGUGGCUGCUGCUCACCGCCGUCACGAUGGUGGUGGACCUGGUGGCAACAGGGUUCUAUGCCGUCGACGCCGCAGGUUUCAACCUCCCCGAAGACCUGAGGACGCACUCCAACCUCGUGGUCCCGUCAGAGUGGUUCGACAACAAGACCGGCCAGGACCUGCCGCUGCACACCGGGGCCAUCAUCAUCUGUGCCGUGGCCGCCAAGGGCGGCUUCCUCUGGCUGCUCAACGGCGUCCUCCUGGUGCACGUGGCGCGCGCCGUCCGCCUGCUGUCCAGGGCGCGGCGCCGCGGCGCCGAGAAGGGGAGGCCGGCCCCGCAGGCGGACACGGCAGGAGACGGCCAGCGUCACAGAGGACCCGGCCCGAUGGCGGACGUCGAGAAGCCUGCUACCGAGGUCGCUCCCGAAGUCGCUCCCAUGGUCGUGCCUGUGCGCUCCAGGCCCGUGUACCUGCCCGGCGAGAUGAGCGUUCCAGUAUCACCGAGCAACCAAAGAAGAUCCUCGUCGCAAAGGUCCCUCACUCCACCACCGCUCUCACCUACCAGGGUGGGUCAGGGCAGGCUGGCAGAGAGGCCCGUGGAGAGACCAAUAGAGAGACCCGUGGAGAGGUCGGUGGAGAGACCCGUGGAUAGGGCGAUGGAGAGACCCGUGGAGAGGCCGGUGGAGAGGCCCGUGGAGAGGCCGAUGGAGAGGCCGGUGGAGAGGCCCGUGGAGAGGCCCGGGGAGAGACCCGUGGAGAGGCCCGGGGAGAGACCCGUGGAGAGGUCACUGCCGCACGAGAGGCAAGUCGAGCAGUUAGACAGACCCGUGGAGAUCCUCGGACAAGAGAAGCCGGCCGCCACCCGGGAGGAGAUCCUGCACCGCAUCGAGAGGAUGUCCGUCCUCCGGACGUCCGGCCGCAGCGAGACGCACGGUGUGUCGCCCGCCAUCGAGGCCAAGACCAGGGAGAUCAUGAAAGGGCUGGCCGCGUCGGGGAGUGGGAUUCCACUGGACUACGUGUUCCCCGGUGAUGAGCCGCGUCGACCGAACAGCAGGGGAGCGCAGGGCGCCCACCACUACGACGGCCGGAACAACUCCGCGGACCUGGACCCGCCGAGGCUCGCGAGGGAGCUGCAGCGCAGGGACACGGAGCUGGCCUCGCCGCGGUGGCUGGGGCAACAGCAGCAGCAGCCGCUGCCGCGGCCGCGGCGUCUGGACCGCACUCAGAGCGACCGAGCGCUCGUGGCAGGCGAGUGGAAGAUGACGCCCGCCGGCCACCUCCACGGACUCUCCCCUCGGCACGCCGCCGCCGGGAGGCGCCUCGAGGCCACGGAGGAGCUCAAGAGGGAGAAGCCCUGGUCCUACCUCAGGGCCGCAGCGACCGCCCAGGAGGAGCCGGAUGAGGACGUGUUUGUGGACGACGCUUACCCCGGCCAGCACUCCCCCAACAAGGUGGUGCGCAACAUGUACUUGCCUCCGACCGCGAGAGACGCAGUUGGUCGCAAAGCGUCUCAUGGUGGAAGACGGCGCAAGCAGCAGC